AUGGACCCGACAGGAGGAGGCCGCGGGGAAUUCGGCCACCCGGGCGAUACGGGCCGGCGGCGGCACGACUCGACCGCCCCAAAGUCCUUCCUAAUCCGAGACAUCCUCGGGGACAGUGAGGAUGACAGUGCGACAGAGUCACUGUAUCUGGAGAGGUGGCAGGGUCUGCUGCAGACCCGACUGCGCGACUGCCGGCCGCCGACUCCAACCGUCAGAACAGCACUCUCCGUGUCCGGCUCAGGACCGGCCCCGCCCGACCCGGGGUCAGUUGGAGUACCUGUACCAGUGUACCUCCGUACCCGGCAGGAGGAGAUAGGGGACAGGUGUACCGGCGGCCGACGCGGCCGGCGCAGUCGCACCGUAUUCACAGAGCCGCAGCUGCUGGGUCUGGAGCGUCGGUUUACCGCCCAGAAGUACCUCAGCACCACCGACCGCAUGGAGCUGGCCCGAUCACUGGCGCUCACUCAGAUGCAGGUCAAAACCUGGUACCAGAACCGGCGCAUGAAGUGGAAGAAACAGGUGCUACUAAAAGGAGAGCAGUCUCCCACGAAGCCCAAGGGUCGUCCAAAGAAGAACUCGGUACCAUCUUUGGCCGACCUGCAGCGUUUGAGCGUCUCCGACCCAGCUGAACCUGCGGACAAACCCGAGACCGAGCCCGCUGUUGGAGCUGGAGCUGGGACAGGUCGAGGAACCGGGGCGGGGUCAGCAACAGAUGCGUCAACAGUGGCAGUGACAGAGACAGUGGGUGGUGAGACAGGGGCGGCGGCAGGAGUUCAGUGUCUGCCGCAGCCACAGGACUGUCAGGUGUCCACCACACACCUCGAGGACAGGCUGGAGGCAGACACAGGUGAUGAGUCGGAUACGAUGGUGACUGCAGACGACAUGCAUGACUGAGUUAGGAGUGUGCUGAUUGUCCUCUUGUUAGUGUCUUGAAGUAGAUGAUAUCUGAGCUGUAUAUUAUUUCAUGUUCCUUGGUCAGUGGUUGAUGUUUAUUAUCUAGUCACGUCUAUCCUGUCAUGACUCAUGUGUGACUGCUGCCUCCCUAAAAAAAUGAAGAUGCUUUAAAUAAUAAAAAUGUAUCACUUUUCCAACCCUUAACCAUCCAUGACUCCAUUUCACGGUAAGACAUCAGCGGACUACUCAGCCUCUCCUAUACGAGUAGCUGUCGUCAGUUUUUGCUCCUUCACGCUCGCUCGGCCGGAGAUGUCGGACGGACGGUUACGUUUCAUGUCGCCCUUCCCCUUCCCUUCCGUCGCUGCCGGGGGUCUCGGUGGUGACGGGUGUCACCGACAGACACUCGGCCAUGUUUCCUGACACCCCGACACAGACACUCGCGUGCCGCCAACCGUAUCCGGAAUCGCCCCCGUCCCAUGUCGUCCCUACCGGUGAACAUCUCCAGCUCACUGAAGACCGGAAGUCCGUGACGACAAAUUCCAGUCCGUUUUAACUGCGGGCCAUAAAUGUCCCCAGAGCAUGAUGAGUCGAGAAGCGGCUACAUGAAUGGAAAAAUACAGAACAUUGAAAAACGGAUGUGUCGAAAAAAAGGUGGGACGGAAGACGGUAAUCCGUAGCAUAAUAAGCUCCCUGUGCUUUUACUUCGAAGCUAAAAUGAACUAGGUAUAACGGCCAUAAAAUAACUAAACCGUGUUGAUCAAAUAACAUCAAAUCAUGACUUAGCGAUUGUUUUAUUGCACGUAAUGGAUCACUUACGGUCGUCGGUCAACACACACAUCGCGCACCAUCAUUACAUACUGAGCGCUAUCACCCGUGCAGCCAACAGUCAACACUCUAUACAUCAAACAUCAGCCGUCUCUCAGCCCAGCCGCCGUGUCUGCCAUGUGCCGACAUACCCCCGGUAACACAGACAUGCCUCUCCAGCGCGCCUAUCAGGGCGGA